AUGAUUGGAACUCAAAUUGUUACUGAGAGGCUGGUGGCUCUGCUGGAAAGUGGAACGGAAAAAGUGCUGCUAAUUGAUAGCCGGCCAUUUGUGGAAUACAAUACGUCCCACAUUUUGGAAGCCAUUAAUAUCAACUGCUCCAAGCUUAUGAAGCGCAGGUUGCAGCAGGACAAAGUGUUAAUUACGGAGCUCAUCCAGCACUCAGCCAAACAUAAGGUCGACCUUGACUGCAGUCAGAAGGUUGUGGUUUACGAUCAGAGCUCCCAGGAUGUGGCCUCUCUGGCUUCAGACUGUUUUCUCACUGUCCUCCUGGGGAAACUGGAGAAGAGCUUCAGCUCUGUGCACCUGCUCGCAGGUGGGUUUGCCGAGUUCUCCCGCUGUUUCCCUGGCCUCUGUGAAGGAAAGUCCACCCUAGUCCCCACCUGCAUCUCUCAGCCUUGCUUACCUGUUGCCAACAUCGGGCCAACCCGAAUUCUGCCCAAUCUCUAUCUUGGCUGCCAGCGAGAUGUCCUCAACAAGGAGCUGAUGCAACAGAAUGGGAUUGGUUAUGUUUUAAAUGCCAGCAAUACCUGCCCCAAGCCUGACUUUAUCCCCGAAUCUCAUUUCCUGCGAGUGCCUGUGAAUGAUAGCUUUUGUGAGAAAAUUUUGCCGUGGUUGGACAAAUCAGUGGAUUUUAUUGAGAAAGCAAAAGCCUCCAAUGGAUGUGUCCUUGUGCACUGCUUGGCAGGGAUCUCCCGCUCCGCCACCAUCGCCAUCGCCUACAUCAUGAAGAGGAUGGAUAUGUCCUUGGAUGAAGCUUACAGAUUUGUGAAAGAAAAAAGACCUACUAUAUCCCCCAACUUCAAUUUCCUGGGCCAGCUCCUGGACUAUGAGAAGAGGAUAAAGAGCCAGACCGGGGCCGCUGGGCCCAAGAGCAGACUGAAGCUGCUGCCCCUGGAGAAGCCCGGCGAGCCGGCUGCCGGGCCCGGCCCCGUGGAGGGCGCACAGGGGAGCCAGCUGCCCCCAGGGCCGCCCCGUGCCCACCCGGCUCCCGCUCCCUCCGAGGGGGCGGGGCCCCGGCCUGCGCCCCCCAGCACGGCCGCCGCCGACGGCCCCCUGGUCCAGGCGCUCAACGGGCUCCACCUGCCCUCGGACAGGCUGGAGGACAGUGGCCGCCUCAAGCGCUCCUUCUCGCUGGACAUCAAGUCGGUGUCCCCGACGCCCGGCGGGCUCUCAUCGCCCGAGGCCGCCCUGGAGCUCUACAAGCCCGCCACCUCCGGCCUGGAAGGCGCGGGCAAGCCCUGCCAGCCCUGCCAGUUCUCUCCGGUGCAGGAGGUGUCAGAGCAGACGCCGGAGGCCAGCCCGGACCGCGAGGAGGCCCCGCCGCCCCGGCCCUCCGACGGCAGCGGCCAGGGUGCACGGCCCCGCCCGGGGCGGCCCCUGUGGUCGCCCCUGCACCGCAGCGGGAGCGUGGAGGACCGCGGGCAGCCCCGCUUCCUCUUCGGCCUCUCGGCCAGCCAGCAGCACCUGGCCACGUCGGCCACGGGGCUGGGCCUGGAGGGCUGGCACUCGGACCUCCUGGCCCCCCAGACCUCCGCCCCGGCCCUGACCAAGAGCUGGUAUUUCACACCAGAGCCCCCGCACUUCUACUCAGCCUCGGCCGUCUAUGGGGGCCGCGCGGGCCACCCUGCCUUCAGCUGCAGCCAGCUGCCCACGUGCGGCGGGGACCCCGGGCACUCAGUGCGCCGGCGCCACAAGCCCGGCGACAGGGCCGACUCCCGGCGCAGCUGGCACGAGGAGAGCCCCUUCGAGAAGCAGUUCAAGCGUCGAAGCUGCCAGAUGGAGUUCGGUGAGAGCAUCAGGUCCGAGAACCGGUCGCGGGAGGAACUGGGCAAGGUGGGCAGCCAGUCAAGCUUUUCAGGCAGCAUGGAAAUCAUCGAGGUCUCCUGA